AACCAGUUACGGAACCCGCAUUGCAUCACAGAAUCAAUUCUUGGCUAGUGCACGCGCCCCGGGCUCUGUCGGCUUAAUUACUCCUUUACCUAUCAGCGCGUGCACUGCACACUAAUCGGAACCUAUGUGAUGCAUUAACACCGUCAGGUACCCUAUGUGUGUUAAGGAAGGUAGCCUACUCGCCUUUUUCGAAGUUUCGUUGGCGGUCUGAACCGAAUGGAAAGACGAGCGAGAGAGGCAACGGCGUCAGCAACAGGGCACUGGCAAAUCAUCAGCGAGGACAAUUAUUGGCAAAGUAUCUCGGUCUUCUACGGGUAGAAGUGCGACAAAAAACCCUGACGUAAUUACUCGAUUUUCAUUUCGUUGUUGUAAUCGUGUGGGGAUUUCUUACAUUUUUUGCGUCAUUAAAUGGAGCGGUGCAGGUGACGUUUGGACUGUUGCGUUCAAGAGGAGCUCGUAUCCAACACUAAAAGCCGGCGAGGAAAAUAUGUAUGGACGCUACACGCAGGAGUUGGGCGCCUAUGCCAAAGAAGAGGCAGCACGGUUACGCGAGGAUGGAGCGCUGCGGAGGACCACCAGUGUGCGUGGCCAGGCCCCAGAACUGCAGGAGAAUGAGAAACACCCGUGUGCCAAGUGUCAAGUUUGUACGUCGCGGUGUAAGAAGUUCCUGAUUUCCCGCAUGGGUGAAGACUGGAUUUUUCUCAUCCUCCUGGGGCUUCUCAUGGCAUUGGUCAGCUGGGCCAUGGACUACACUAUUGCCUUCUGCCAGCAAGCACAGAAGUGGAUGUAUCGUGGUCUGCACAGUAACCUGCUUCUGCAGUACUUGGCCUGGGUCACCUACCCCGUAGUUCUUAUCACCUUCUCUGCUGGCUUCACGCAGAUACUCGCACCACAGGCAGUGGGCUCUGGGAUCCCCGAGAUGAAGACCAUCCUCCGAGGUGUGGUGCUGAAGGAGUACCUUACUUUCAAAACCUUUGUCGCCAAAGUGAUCGGCUUAACUUGUGCCCUUGGUAGCGGCAUGCCUCUAGGCAAAGAGGGACCAUUUGUUCAUGUUGCCAGCCUGUGUGCUGCUCUGUUGAGCAAAUUCAUGGCCUUGUUUGGAGGAAUCUACAUGCUGAAGGAAGAGCCAUUUGAGGGAAACAAGAAUGAGCUAAGAAACACAGAGAUGCUGUCGGCGGCCUGUGCAGUGGGAGUGGGCUGUUGCUUUGCGGCUCCCAUUGGAGGUAAGACCAGACAUCCUGAUCAUAGCUGGCCACUGGAGAUAACGUCAUAUCACAUUUGUGACAGUAACGUUCUCCUGCAGAAUUUCAACGGUGAGCAAAUGUUGUUUGUCGUCCAAUGUGCUGUGUUUGUGUCAGGAGUGCUGUUUAGUAUUGAGGUCACAUCUACAUUCUUUGCUGUGAGGAACUACUGGAGAGGAUUCUUUGCUGCAACCUUCAGUGCCUUUAUCUUCAGGGUGCUGGCGGUGUGGAAUAAGGAUGAGGAGACGAUCACAGCGCUCUUUAAAACCCGCUUUCGUCUGGACUUUCCUUUUGAUCUACAAGAGCUUCCAGCUUUUGCCGUGCUUGGCAUUGCCAGUGGUUUCGGUGGGGCGUUAUAUGUCUACCUAAACAGGAUAAUUGUGGAAUCUAUGAGAAAACAGAAAACCAUCAACAAGUUUCUGCUUAAAAAAAGACUAGUGUAUCCUGCCGUGGUCACUCUGCUUAUAUCCACUCUUACCUUUCCUCCAGGAUUUGGCCAGUUCAUGGCCGGCCAGCUGACUCAACACGAGUCACUAGUGGCACUCUUUGAUAACCAGACCUGGUACAAGCAAGGUGUUGCUGAAGAGUUUGAGUACUCCAGUGACGUACCUCAGGCCUGGAGGCACCCUCAAAUCAGCGUCUUCAUCAUUCUCCUCCUCUUCAUCGUCAUGAAGUUCUGGAUGUCAGCUGUGGCCACAACAAUGCCUGUGCCUUGCGGGGCCUUCAUGCCAGUUUUCCUCAUUGGGGCUGCAUUCGGUCGACUGGUUGGUGAGAGCAUGGCUGCUUUUUUCCCUGAUGGGAUACACACCGACAGCACUGUAUAUCCCAUAGUUCCCGGCGGUUACGCAGUUGUAGGGGCGGCGGCUCUCUCCGGCGCAGUCACUCACACCGUGUCCACCGCUGUCAUCGUGUUUGAGCUGACCGGCCAAAUCUCGCACAUCCUUCCCGUGAUGAUCGCGGUCAUACUGGCCAAUGCUGUGGCUCAGAGUCUCCAGCCUUCCCUUUACGACUCCAUCAUCAGGAUCCAGAAACUUCCAUACCUGCCGGAGCUGGGCUGGGGACAGGAGAAAUAUAAUAUCCGUGUGGAGGACAUAAUGGUGAGAGAUGUGCGGCAUAUCACUCUCUCCUCCUCCUAUCGGGACCUGCAGGACGCUCUCGUAACAGGCCAUCUUAAGACUCUUGCACUGGUGGAGUCCAAAGAGUCCAUGAUCCUGCUGGGGUCUAUAGAGCGAUCACAGCUGCAGUCCCUGCUCACACAGCAGCUCGCCCGGGCCCGCAGGCUGAAGUACUUGAGGGAGCGUGCUCAGGACAACGGUACCCACGUGCCCACGUACCCCCAGGACUCUCCGCCAAAAACUGGCCGUGGCGUUCACUUCCUGAUCUCCACUGAAGAGUCCUCUUACAGUCCCACACUGACAAACUCUCAGAUCCCGCUCAAGUCUGCUCUGAAGACAGUGUCUCCAGUCAGCAACACAGAGUCGUUGAACAGCUCCCCAAAUCUGUCCUCUGGGGAAUCUGUAAAGGAGCUGGUUGAGAGCAAUGCUGGCCCCAUGUCUCCUAAGAGGAGCAGGAGGCCCAAGCGUGUGAAGAUUACCAUGGCGGACACUCCUGAUGUUGAAGAUGACAUGUCAACUGCAGAGAUAGCAGAAUGGGAAGAGCAACAGUUGGAUGAGGCUGUCAAUUUCAAUAAUUGUAAAAUAGACCCCGCCCCCUUUCAGCUAGUGGAGCGAACAUCUUUGCAUAAGACACACACCAUUUUCUCACUACUUGGCCUGGACCAUGCCUACGUCACCAGCACCGGACGUCUAGUAGGUGUGGUCUCUUUGAAGGAGCUGCGUAAGGCUAUCGAGGGCUCUGUAACGGUGACUGGAGUGAAAGUCCGCCCCCCGCUGGCCAGUUUCCGUGACAGCGGCAACAGCAGCAGCGUUUCAGAAGUGACCGAGCUUCACAAGCUCUGGAGUCGUCACAAGAGCCUUUCGUUGCCACGGGAACCCAACCUCCCCGACCUGGAGGACCAAGUAGAGCAGCCGUCUGAAGCCAGCCUGGUGAAUGAGACCGAGUGCACAGAGCUGUCCAGUCAGAACAGCCCCUCACAUACAGAUGACCAAUCAGAGCUACCUUACGUCGAGACCACGCCCCAAGAGGAGCAUCUACCUAAGCUCCCCUAUGACUGUACCCACCCACUUCAGGACGCCUCGGAGCCGGUCAGUGACCAUUGUCAGACCCAGAUCGAGGAUCCUUUGAGUGAGGGAAGCCCGUCACACUCAGAGGGUCCACCGAAAUGACGGCAGGUUGCGAUUGGUAAUGCACACUCCAUUUAUACCAUAAACCAGAUUGUCAAGUCAGGGUGAGGAGAUUUUGGAGGGAGCCAUUAAACAGUAAAGCACACCGUCUGUUCUUUACUUACCAAACCGCAAAUCGUUGGUCCUGCCCUCGGAAAAACACGCCUUGUGUGUUUGUGGACUGUCAUAGAUACAUGCAGUAUGUUUAUUUUCAUGUAAGUAGGAUUUAUGUCAGGAAAGUGUAAAGUUUAUGUAUGAGAAUAUCACAACAUCAGGGAUGUCAACAAAGAUUUUAUGGUGUAUCCUCACUUGGCCCAGGAAAAAGGCCACCUUUAAAAAAUGUAUCCAACCUCUUGUGGAAUGAUUUCAUGUAUCUUAAUCACGAAAUUUUGUCAAUGCUGAUUUGUGGCUUCGUAGCGCAUUUCUGUGUCAGUGCACAAGUGUGUUUUGUCUUUGCGUAAGUGAUGGAGAGUGUGCGUAAGGAUGGCAGAGUGUGCGCGAGAGUGACUCAGCUGCACCUAGCCAACGCACCCAUCUGGUGCCGACACUUUAAAUCCAAAUAAAAUUGUCUCUGCGAGCGAAACUACAAUUUUGCUCUAAAUAUAGCCCUUAAUAACCCAGACCGCAAGGAAACAUGGGGGGUGGGGAGAGAAAACCAAUGGGUGGGCAACACAGAAGUCAUGGAACGAACAAGUAUGAGAGCAUGAGAUCGAAAAGAUGAGUAGAUGUGAAAAUGAAGAGAGAUUUUUAGUGUCACACGGAUUUCAAUCAGGGCAGUUUUGAAGCACAUUGUAAUUAUCAUUCGGAUAAUACAUACAGUAGCGAUACACAAACCCUUUACCAUACUGAAAUGCAUUUGUUGAGCACAUGGUUUGGUCGGUGUUGCCUGUAAUUAUGAGUAAUGAUAGCCCAAGCUACAUGUAGACAUGUUAAGCAUGCUCAGAUCUGCAUCAGAUUCAGGACCAGCGUGCCUGGCCAUUUCAAAUAUAUCAAAGCAUCUCAAAAUAUCUGUUAUGGAGAGCCCUUUUAAAUGUUUUAUGAUAUGCAUGCACCCCAAUGCAGUCAUUUGCAUGAGCACAAACGAUGCACAUCUAAAUAAAUAAAAAUGCUAAGAUAAAUCCACCCUAUAAAAUGAUCGCACAGGGGUUUUUUAUGUGUUUGCUACUCCACCGGAUUUAAUUAUGUGGCCUUAGGGAAUUCUAACUAUAUUUUUCGAGGCCAGUUUUGUUGAUCCUGGAUUAAAGGGAUAGUUCACCCAAAAACAAAAAUUUGCUGUUUAUUUACUCACCCUCGGGCCGUUUGAUAUGUUAAUGACAUUUUUUCUUCAGUAGAACAAUAAAGAAGAUAUUUUGCAGAAACCGCAGUACUUUGUGAUCCAUAUAAUGUAAGUAAACGGCUACCGGCACUUUAAAGGGAUAGUUCACCCAAAAAUGAAAAUUCUGUCAUCAUGUUGUUCUAAACCUAAACUGUAAAAAAGAUGGACGUAGUGUCCGUGACGUCACCCAUAGGUUUCUGAAGAUCGUUUUUGAAGCUUAAAGUAGGCAGUGCCUGCCGUCGCCAUCUUGGCCGCGCGUCACCGCGCAUCACUCGCGGAUAUCCGAAAAUGAGUAAAAAAAGCGGGACGUGGGUGAAGAUGAGAUGACUGGUUGCUGAAACCACGCCCACCUAGCUCGAUUCUAGUCUUAGAGGCUGUUUACACUUGGCAUUAACAUGUGUUUUCGUCGAUCAGAUCACAAGUGGACGACGUUAAUGCCAGGUGUAAACGGUGUUCAAAACGUUUUGAGCUCGUCCACUUUCGACCACUUUCAACCACAUCCAGAGGUGGUCGAAACCACUUUCGAUCGGAUCACUUUGGAGUUGCGGAACGCACAUGUGGUUGAAUGCGUUCGAACAGCCACACGCGACCGCCUUCUCUCCGCCCAUUUAUCUAAUCUGAGGUAUUAAACACAAGUUUUACGUCUUUUUUGACUUCUGGCGUGAACAUUCGGUGAACAGCGCUAUUUUUAGCCUUUCAUUGAUAAAACUAAGCGGCUGAUCUCCGUAGUUUCGUUUUGAAAGCGUGUGAAAGUUGCGCGAUCCUAUUUCAUCAAUUGCGGUGAAAAUUCAAAGAAAGCUCUUACAUACUCAUGUACAAAACACUGUGCAGUAUGUUUACUUGCUAAACAAGCAGUGCACUCCGACAUAAUAUUAGUUUGCGUCCAUAUAAACUCAUAAUUACUCCCGCUCGGGUUUGAAUGACAGCAGAGAGACUCGCCCACCGUCUCACAGACCACCCCCUCAUAGUAUUCAGCACAGAAGCGGUCGAAAGUGGACAAAAGAGACGGAUUUAAAAACCAGGUGUAAACGUAAU